AUGGACAAACAGCGCAAGUCCAGUUUAACUACUUUUGAUUUCCAAAUACCUGAAGAAAACAAUAAUGAAGAGGGAGUACUGUCAAAGAUACUUGAUAAAGUAUUCCACGCUGUUUCAGGGCCUGAGAAUACAGAACAUCGAAGCCUCAACGAUAAUAAUCACAAACGCGACGCACCAAAGACAAUACCUCCUUCUACAAGUACUAACUCGAGCCUAAGCAAGCAUUUGACUACAGCUUCUUCUUCUUCGACAACUACUAUUUGUUCAAACAAAGAUCCUUCUGUUUUAUCUAUUCCUACCACUCCUACUACAGCUGUCAUACCACGCUCACCUGCUUCAACAACUGUAACAACAACGGCAACAGUAACCGUAGGAAAUCAAAAGCUGGAUGUAUUGCCAAUGAAUGAGCAUACUAAUGCUACAGUGCAAUUUAAUAUGCCAGCCACGAGUAAAAGCAGUGGACGAUCACAAGAGCAAGAAGCACUUGACUAUUUGCUUCAUUCACCUUUGUCGAAAAGAAGAUCCAUCGACAGUGACACUCAGUCAGUGGUUACCAACUUUUCUAUUUCGAAUUCAAAUUCCUUGUCUCGAAUAUUAGCCCGUUUGCGAGGACAGAAGAGCGAUAAAGAGUUUUGGAUGCCAGAUGAACAAUGCAAAGAAUGUUACAAGUGCCGUAAACCAUUUACUAUUUUAAGGCGAAAACAUCAUUGCCGUAUAUGUGGUCAAAUCUUUUGUGCAAAAUGUGCAUCGCAUGUCAUAUCAGGAAAACUGUAUAAACAAAAGGGUCAAGUUCGAGUAUGCAACUUUUGUUAUUCAGAGCAGUUGCAGCAACUUCAUGAACGCUCUUCUACUAUUACCAUUAACCUACAUAAUGACUAUUCAACCAAACAAGCGAAUGUAUCUCAUUUUCAUAUAGAACAUCAACCUCAACAACAAGAACAACAAGAACUGUCCCAGGGAGAAUCUUAUGCAUCACCUAUUAUACCAUCACAAAAGCCUCCUCUUGAAGUUCCUCAAAUGCAGAUACCAACUACAGCAUUAAAACAAGCUCGAAGUGCAUAUGGAAAUGACAAUGCGACAACCACUACUUUUGCUUUAGAACUUCCAGCUCGAGGCUCUGAGAGCUAUAUGGGCACUUCACCUCAGAUCAAUCAUGAUUUCUAUGGGAUUAACGAUAGACCACAUUCAUCCACAACCUUUCAUGGUGAUCCAGGCAUUGAAUCGCUCACAAUAACUCAUAGCAAUAUUCCAACAAUCACAACUACAGGAGCUUCUAGUACAGAUGUCACUGUAAAUACAGGUGGCUUGAAACGCUUGUUUGAUGCAGGCACAUCUUUACUCAAGUCAACAUCAAGGCCGAGAUCAAAUACAUCUUCUUCUGCACCUCUGGAAGACACAACACGCCAAUCACAUACUACAUGGUAUCCUUCUUCGCCCUAUGUGUCUGAUCGUGGAGGUGGUACAGUACUGGCAGAAUCCGAACUAAGUCCAUUUCCAGGAAACAGCAACCCUACGAUAGACUUUUAUCAAGACCAAUUGCACCAUCAUCAUAUCCAUCAUCACCACAAUUAUCACGAUAGAUAUCAUCAAUCAGCACUUGGUCUGAAUUCAAUGGUAAUGCCUUCCGGAUUGCUUUCUCCACCACAGCUAUCUUCUUCUCAUGAUAUACUGUCAGCAAGAAAUGAGUCAUUGUUGCUUUCAGCCAAUGUCAGUAGUCCCUUGCUUAGCAGCGUACCUACCAUAGGCAGCGAUGAUGAAUCUUAUGACAAUCGUUUAAGAAUGAAACGUAGAGAGGAAUUGCGAGGUAAAAAUACUACUUCUGCUCGUCCUUCAUUCAAUUCGUUCCGAAGAACAAGCAUUACAGGCAGCAACAGCACAAAUGGAAAUCGAAAAUUACUGAGAAACAGCAAGAUCCGCAUCAACACUACUGGUCUUCCUAAAUCCAGUUAUUUUGAUCCUGCAGAUACCUAUUCACCAAACACUUUACUUUCUCCUUUUGGUAUAGACGACCUUAGAUUUCAGCAACAGCAACAACAAUCACAGCAGCAAUUACAGCAGCCACAACAAUUGCAACAAGAGCAGCAACAAGAACCUAUAAAUCGAUUGCCUCGCCAACGCCGUAUUUCAGGAUUACCACAGACUGUUGAAUUGAGUUUAAGUGCUCAAACUCAUGCACGUAAAAUGUUGAGGCAAUUGAUGGAGGGUAUUGAUUUAACUCAAGGAACAAAAGAAGAAUGGGAGGAAGUGAUCAUGAAUCUUUUACUUAAAGUAACAAACCAUGUUCAGCCAGAUAUUCGAGCAGGCGACGACAUGGAUGUGAGACAUUAUGUUAAGAUAAAAAAAAUUCCUGGUGGGUUGCCUUCAGACAGUACAUAUGUUAAGGGUGUUAUGUGCACCAAAAACGUUGCUCAUAAGCGGAUGGUGAAGAACAUUUCAAAUCCUCGUAUCCUAAUCUUGAUGUUUUCUUUGGAUUAUUCGCGUAUUGAAAUGGAAAACCAGCUACUGUCUAUUGCACCAGUGAUUUCUCAAGAAAGAGAGCAUGUUCGUAAACUGAUAGGCCGCAUUGUGGCAUUAAAGCCGUCUUUACUUUUAGUGAAAUCGACUGUGUCUCGAUUGGCACUAGAGUUUUUAUUGGAGGCAAAUAUCCCUGUUAUCCAUAAUGUAAAGCAUAGUGUCAUUGAAGCUAUAGCUAGAUGCACUCAGGCAAGCAUCGUCACUUCAGUAGAUAAACUUCAGCAUGAACUUUCGUUUGGUCGUUGUGGAUCCUUUGAGAUACAGACAGUGAUGCAUGAAUGGAUUGCAAACAGGCGCAAGACAUUUUUAGUCUUUGAUGAUUGUGCUCCUGAACUAGGUGGUACUAUUGUACUGCGUGGAGAAAAAUUGGAGACACUUCGGGUCAUCAAACGAUUGAUUGAUUUCAUGGUGUUUGUUGUUAAUAAUCUAAAGUUGGAAACAUCCUUGUUAUUGGAUUCGUUUGCAAAAAACCGUGGAUCCAUAGAAGUAGAUACUGGAAGUAAGAAGCUACCUGACAUUUCAAUAGAAGACAGUGGGACUAUCACAACAUCUCUACAUGAAGAAGAAGACAACGAACCUGCUAAUUCUCAUUAUAUCAAUGGCUUAAUCAAUCUAUACAAAAACACAAUCCUUUCUGUCUCGCAAUCUGUCAACUUUUCUCCUCCUUAUUUGCUGCUAGUACUUAAAGAAACUGAGGACAAGUUGGCUUUGAUACAUGAACAAAAACGUCGCAAGUCUGUUUCUGGUUCUUCUAUCAUUACAAAUUCUACUGUAGUAAACGGUAAAGAAAUGGUACUAUCUACUUCACCAACAAAAUCUACAUUUGACAAACAGUCUAUAGAUCACUAUCACUUUCAAAGAAUGGAUAAUGAUGCUUUGAUGGACGCAGAAUAUGAAUUGCUUACUAAAAACCAACAAAUCUCAAGAGCUUGGGAUGCUUAUAUAGGGGAAAAUCCUGAGUCCAUCUCACCCUUUUAUCAUCAAAAUAUUGUGGUCUUGUAUUCUAGUGUUUGUACAGUAACUACUGUGCCUUGUCAAGGACCUGAAAUUCGUGUUUUUAGUUUUUAUCGCUUUCCUUCAGACAAGACGCUUGGUCAAUAUAUUAUGGAUUUAUGUAAUGAUGCUCAAGAAAGCUGUUCUUCAUUUAUGUGUGAUCACGCAAUGAUACAGCACUACAGAUCUUAUGCACACGGUAAUGCACGCGUGAAUGUCAUGAUUGAACGCUUUCCUUGUCCUUUACCUGGUAUGUCUGACAAGCUCUUAAUGUGGAGUUAUUGUAGAGAGUGCAACAAGCCUACACCAGUAUUGCCCAUGUCUGAAAACACUUGGAAUUAUUCCUUUGGUAAAUUCCUAGAGAUCUUUUUCUACCAAAAGGGCGUUCAUUGUCGAGCUGACAUUUGUCCUCAUGAUAUAACACAAAACCAUGUGCGUUACUUUGGUUAUAUGGAUCUUACUGUACGUUUUCAAUAUGACUCUAUUGACUUGUUGGAGGUAGCUGUGCCGCCUAUGAAACUGUUUAUUCAUAGUCAAAUUCAAAGAGACAUGAAGGAAGCUGAACUCAAAUCAUUAAGACUGAAAAUCAACAAAUUCUACCAGUCCAUCAUUGAACGAAAUAAGGCUUUUCCUUUUGAUUUGGUUGAUCCACACAAACUGGAAGCCUGUAAGGCUGAGCUGCAAGACAUGUCUUUGGAAGCACAAGGUGAAAAGAAAGACGCUUUACAACUUGUUCAAAAUGUAUAUGCUACGUCAGACCCUCAUGACACUUUGACAAUCAAUGUUGUUAGACGCAACCUUUUCCAAGUAGUAGCUCAUUGGGAUGCUAUCUAUACUGAUUUUGUCCAAUACUAUUUGCAGCCUGAACGUGAACUCAAAAAAAUCACUACUAAUCAACUCAGAAAGAUGUUUCCUACAGACAUAGCUGAUACUUCUAAUCUCAACAAUAUGGGUAAUGAACGUACUAAAAGAGCAACUGAAGUGACUGAUCUUCCCUUGCUUGGCAUUGGCUUGGAUGGAGAAGACGAUGAUACCAUCAUUGGACAUAUCUUUAAGCGCAAGAUAGCGACUAACAAGGCCAAUGAGGCGAAGUCUAAUCAGCUUAUUAUGCCUAUGCUAUCCACUUCACCUUCUGAAUGCCUACCUAUGCUUUACGAUAAAAAGGAGCGACAAGAGCUAGAAAAAGAAAAAGCAAAUGCCUCUCAAAAACAACCUGUAGAAUCGAGCCACAAGAACUCGUUUUUACCUUCAGAGAUACGACGUCGCCUUUCUCUUGAUCUAAUGCAUGAAUUAAACGAGAAAUUCAAGACAACUGGUGAUGGAAAUAAGCCUACAGGCUUAAUAUCGCUCAAUCGUAUGACGUCCAACAAGUAUCUGCGCAUCAAAAGCCCAGGUACUUUAUCUGCUGCUUAUACACCCUCUCGUAUCCCUAUAUUACGACAUCAGCAUAGUAACACGCCACCUAUUUAUCAGCCGUUCAGUCGCUAUAAACGCAAUACUUUGGAUUCUUUUGUUGACAAUAACCUGGAUCUGUAUCGCCAACAAAAAAGAGAUUCUGGCGAUAGUAUAGACCAAAGUCCUGUAUCAAGAGGACCAAUCGAGGAUCGUCUGCGUAGAAAGCAUUAUCGCCAUCAUUCUAUUGGACAUAGUCAAGAUAUUCAUGCACGAAAUAUAUUUAAAUCCCAGUUUGAUGAUGAAAAUGACGAUGAUGAAGCAGAGGAUGAACAUAGUGGCUCGAAUAGUUUUUUGAGAAGAAGCUCUACUACAAAAGGAGAACGUCGGUUCAGAUCACGGUUACCUCGAAAAAAGACAUAUAUACAGGUUUAUACUCGAGCAAACGAUCUUGUCACAGAAGAUAUGGAUGAUGAAUUUGGUGGUGGACUGGGUACAGUUGGGGAUGAUAUGUCUUCUAUUUCUUUAAGACAGCCAAGAUCCAUAAAAAAGCACAGAUAUGAUGAUUUUGGUGAUGAAACAAAAAGAAGAAGCAUGUUUGCGUCAAGCUUGUCUCGCUAUCACCAUGAUAAUAGUAUGGAUGCUGACAAUGAUGAUAAUGAUAUUCUAGAUGACUCUGACGAUGAUUCUGACAGCAAUAAGCUCAAGACCAGUACUAAAAUUGAUUACUUCACUUCUUUGGCUCCUUUCGCAAACCAAGUUGUUGAAAAUGAACGAUUGUCUGAAAGUUUGUUGAGAAAAAGCACAAAGACAAUGUCCAGCGAGAAUGCUCUGAUACUAAAAUCACCUGUUUCCUUCAACGCAUAUUCAUACGAAAGGCCUUGUUUUGCUUUAAGUGAUGGUCAAAUGGAUUUCUCUUCUGGCAUGUCUGGCGAAGAAGAAGGUAGUCAACGCAUUUUGCCUAAAGCCAACGAACUGCUCAAGAUACAAGCUCCCUCCAAUGAAGAAAAUUUGAAUUUUAGCGACUUGCAUAAUAUUCAUCCUGAUAUUAUACUUGAUCGUGUAGCUAGCGUUGCAACAGAAGGAGAAAAAUCUUUUGUAGAGAAUUUAGAAGAGAUUCGUCAUUCUGCAGAAAAGAGUUCUUUUAUGAAGACUUUGACCAACUUUUUAACGGAUAGUGGUGUUGGAAACCUGUUGCCUUUAGAAUCUCCUCUACAACCAACUGAACACUUGUUUCCUGAUUCGUAUGUUGUUGUAAAAGAAGAUGAGCCGAGUACGAUUAUCGCUUAUACCUUAAGCUCUGAAGACUAUCUUGAUAAAAUGCAUGAUAUUCAAGACUUGACUUCGGAGGCUGGAUCUAAUGAUGGCACAAUUAAACUCGGAAAUGCUUCCAUCAUGGAUGCCAAAGCACCUUCUGAAAUUACAACGCUAGAUUAUGGAGCAGAUGCUCAACAUUCGCAAAUUGCGGAUGACAUCCAAGAAACUCUACUAAGAGAAUCUGGAACUCAUAUGCGAUACAAUUUCUCAACAGGCUCUACUAAAUUCUUUUGCAAGAUUUUCUUUUCUGAACAAUUCGACGCUUUGAGACGCAACUGUGGAUGUGAUGAGAGCUUCAUUAUGUCUUUGGCAAGUUGUAUUAAAUGGGAUUCCUCAGGAGGAAAGUCAGGAUCAGCUUUCUUGAAGACAAAAGAUGAUCGUUUGUUGAUGAAGCAAUUAUCAAAAUAUGAAUUGGAUGCUUUUCUUCGCUUUGCUCCUGCAUACUUUCAAUAUAUGUCAGAAGCAUUCUUUAGUGAGCUUCCUACUGUACUUGCAAAAAUUUUUGGUUUUUAUAGCAUUGGAUAUAAAAAUUCAGCCACUGGAAAAUCAAUGCGAAUGGAUGUGUUGGUUAUGGAAAACUUGUUUUAUCAGAGAAAUGUCAAGAAGAUCUUUGAUCUCAAGGGAUCCAUGAGAAACAGACAUGUUCAAUCAACAGGAAAACAAGAUGAAGUACUCUUAGAUGAAAACCUAGUAGAAUUGAUUUAUCAAUCGCCAUUGUUCAUUCGUGCACAUUCCAAAGAAAUCCUUCGAAGUUCGCUUCAUAAUGACACUCUCUUUUUAUCAAACAGAAAUGUCAUGGAUUAUUCUCUACUUGUUGGUAUUGAUGAGGAAAAGCAAGAAUUGGUAGUCGGUAUUGUUGACUUUAUUCGAACCUUCACUUGGGAUAAGAAGCUUGAGAGUUGGGUGAAAGAAUCAGGCAUACUAGGUGGUGGUGGAAAAGAACCUACGAUUGUUUCACCUCGCCAGUAUAGAAUCCGAUUCCGAGAAGCCAUGGAACGCUAUUUCUUAAUGGUGCCUGAUUUUUGGGCAUUGACUAGGCAGAGCAAAACCUCAUACUCUGCUUUACAUCAUCAUCACUUGAUAAAUGCCGAGUCUGAUAGAGAGACAUGA